UUAAUUUCUGCUAUAUAAACACCAUCUAUGGUUGCUUAUCAGAGUGAAAAAAGAACCAAGACAAAAUGGCUUCACAACUGCAUCUCUUUACCUUCUGGUGCCUACCCUUUCUACUCGCAACAUUCCUCCAUUCCAUUGCUAUUAACAGUACUUCCUCUUCCGUUCAGCCACUCUGCCAUGAUAAUGAGAGCUCUGCUUUGAUGGAGUUCAAGCGAAGCAUUUCUAUACGGAAGUCUGCUUCUGUGGAUCCUUCUGCUUAUCCAAAGCUUGCAUCCUGGAAUACGAGUAGUAGUCACGAUGGCUGCUGCUCAUGGGAUGGAGUCACUUGUGAUGAGGACACCGGUCGUGUGAUCAGCCUUGACCUCAGUAGCAGCUUUCUCUAUGGUUCAAUCAACUCAAGCAGCACCCUCUUCCACCUUGUUCACCUUCACAGUCUCAACCUGGCUGACAACGACUUCAGUGACUCCCACAUCCCAUUUAGCAUUGGGCGUCUUUCAAGGUUAAAAUAUCUCAACCUCUCAUUCUCUGAGUUUUCUGGCCAAAUCCCAUCUUCUUUUGCAAACCUGACUCAACUUGACAGUUUAUUCAUGCAAGUUAAUCAACUAACUGGUCAAAUCCCACCUGUGCUUACAAAUCUGACCCGAUUAAGAAAUCUAGACUUUUCCAAAAAUUUGUUACAGGGUCCCAUUCCAGAGUCGAUCUCUCAACUUUUGAAUCUGGAACUUUUUUUUGUUGCUUAUAACAACUUGAGUGGAACGAUGAAGCUAGACAUAUUCCUUAGCCUAAAAAAUCUUACUCUUCUAAGACUAGGUUAUAAUCAACUAACAUUGCUAACCGGUAAUAGCUCUAUUAAUGACAAUGCUACACUAAUUCCAAAGUUUGUGUACCUAGGUUUGGCAUCAUGCAACUUAAUUGAGUUUCCUGAUUUCUUGAGUAAACAAGAUGACUUGCAGUUGUUAGGCCUCGGUUUCAACAGAAUUCAAGGCCUCAUACCUAAAUGGAUAGGGAACAUGAGUACACAAACUCUGUUGUUUAUGGACCUUUCUCAUAACAAUCUAACCGGCUUUCACCAACCUCCUUUAGUCCUUCCGUGGGUUAAACUGAUCCUUUUAAGCCUCGCCUUUAACAUGCUGCAAGGAUCACUUCCAACCCCACCCUUGUCCACCAUUUAUUAUAAUGUCUCAGGCAACAAUCUGAUUGGAGAGAUUUCACAAGUGAUCUGCAAUAUGAGUUCUCUUUAUGCCCUUGAUUUGUCUUACAACUACUUGAGUGGCAAUAUUCCUCAAUGCUUGGGAAGUUCUACUGAUUCUCUGUCAAUAUUGGAUCUCGGAAACAAUAAUCUGCGUGGCUCCAUUCCUCAAAUAUACAAAAGAGGAAGCAAACUAAAGAUGAUCGAUUUGAGUCAAAACCAAUUAGACGGGAUGGUGCCAAGAUCUUUGGUCAACUGCCCAUUUUUAGAGAUUCUAAAUCUGGGAGAGAAUCAAAUCAAUGAUAUUUUCCCCUUUUGGCUAGAAUCUCUUUAUGAGUUAAAGGUUCUCAUUCUGCAUUUCAAUAGAUUCCAUGGUGCAAUAAGGCAACCUUAUUCGAGCUUUGCUUUCCCCAAGUUGCGCAUCAUUGACCUUUCUCAUAACGGUUUUACAGGCGAGUUUCCUUCAAAUUACUUCCUAACCUGGAGAGCCAUGAAACUCAUCGAUGGUAAUCAGUCAUAUUUGAAGGCGAGCAAAGAGUCCACUAAAUUAGUUUGGCUUGCAAAUUACAGUUACAUAGUCACAGUAAACUACACUUACUCGAUCACACUUACAAACAAAGGUGUGCAAACACUAUUUUCGAAGAUCCUGAAUACCUUUACCGUCAUUGAUCUCUCAAGUAACCAAUUCGAAGGAAAAAUUUCAGAACUUGUUGGGAAUCUCAAGGGGAUUCACGUUCUCAACCUUUCCAACAACAAUCUUAUUGGCCACAUCCCAUCUUCCUUGGGAAAUCUAUCAGAGCUUGAAGCAUUGGACCUUUCUCAGAACAAGCUCUCGGGAGAGAUACCUCAGCAACUAACCCAACUCACGUUCCUUGAAUUGUUCAAUGUCUCCCAUAAUCAUCUCACAGGUCCUAUUCCACAAGGAAGGCAAUUUAAUACAUUUGAAAACAAUUCGUAUGAAGGGAAUUUAGGAUUGUGUGGAGACCCAUUGUCAAAGAAAUGUGGCAAUUUAGAAGCAUCACCGCCACUACCUUCAAAAUUGAAGCAAGAUGAUGAUUCAUGGUUUGCAAUUGAUAAAAGUGAUUGGUUUGUGAUAUGCAUGGGCUAUGGAGGUGGGUUAGUAGUUGGGCUGAUCAUUGGGCAUACUCUGACCACAAGGCAUCAUGAAUGGUUUGUGAGCACAUUCGGAAGGAACCAAAAGAUCAGAGAAGGUAGGAUGAAGAAGAGCGGACCAAGACGCUAAAAUAAAUUCCUUCACGGCAGCUUCAAGGAAAGAGUAUCAGACCCAGCAUGGAGUUUCCACCAGGCAGGUUUAUGUUCAAUAUAUUUUGCAUACCAUAAUCUUGCAUGUAUAUAUAUGCAUUGCGUGUCUUCCUUCUUCGCUUGUUAUUUCAGUUAAAGACUUCUUGCAAAAGGAAGUGUGUUUAAAUAAUUUUUCAAGAGACUUAUCAGUCUUAGAUAAUGCAUGUAUAACAUUUUGGAAUAAAUUCUUAAAUGGUUGGCUUGUGAUUGUUAUUGGAUUUAUUUAUUUAUUUUUAUUUUUUAUUAAGAGUAAAUGUAUUAAGAGGAAAAAGUCAGCUUACGAAAGAAUCGAUGCGACUCAGACUACUCAAAAGGCCGAACAAAGAAUCAGGAUUGUUGAGGAAACAAAAAAUUUCCAAAACACCUGA